CCUCUUCGCUCAGACUCGCUGGUUUUUGCGUUUGUUGUUGGCGUCGGUAUUUCCUGGAGUUUUCCACCACGAACGCGAGGCAACUUGACGAGGAGUGACGUCACUGCCGACGCUGCACCUUCAGAGGCAGGCUGACUCCAGCUCCGGCUCCGCCCCGGGUGUUGCCUCCGGCCGGACUCCAUGUUGUUAGGCCAACUCGUGUCGCGACCGAAAACUCACGUUGCAGCCCCGUGUGCGCGCGCGCGCCACUGAGCGAGCGUUGACCUGCGAAAGAAGAUGGCGGACUACCGGGACGACAGCGGAGCUCGCGCGCUGCUGGCUCUGCAGUCGGCGCCGUGCAGCCCCGUGCGAGUGGCGGCAGGCUCGCGCCCCUCGCACGCGCCCUCGCUCGCCCUCCGGGGCCCGCCGCCCGGGGACGCCUCGCCUCAGCCGCGGGCCCUGGCCAGGCUCGAGGGCCGGGACUUUGAGUUUGUCAUGCGCCAGAGGUCGGUGACCGUGGGCCGGAACUCGUCCCACGGCUCCGUGGACGUCAACAUGGGCCACUCGAGCUUCAUCUCCCGGCGUCACCUGCACAUCCUCCAUGACGCCGCCGCCGGCGGCUUCUCGCUGCGCUGCCUGGGGAAGAACGGCGUGUUCGUGGACGGCGUGUUCCAGCGGAGGGGGGCCCCGCCGCUGCGGCUGCCCCGAGAGUGCAUGUUCCGGUUUCCCAGCACCGUGAUCAAGAUCCAGUUCUGCUCGCUGCUGGAGUCGGAGGAGAGCGGCGAGAAGCGGCCGCCGUCGCCGCCCAGCCGCCUGCUGCUGCCGCACAUCUCCCCGCUGGAGAUCCUCCUCCCCACGCCGCAGCAGCACGAGGAGCACGUGAGGACGCUGGGCACGCCGCAGCUCUCGCCCACCGGCACCAUCAGUGUACCGAUCUCCUGCCCGGCCAGCCCCCGGGAAGCCGGGUCCUCCGGGUACAGCUACGGCCGCAACGUGACCCCUGACCUCCAGCUGGCGGCAGAGUACGCGGCCAAGGCCGUUUCCGAGCAGCGGCGAAGCGCUGGCGAGCACCGUGGGGGAGGCGGGGCCGAGGACACCCCCGGGGGAGACGGUCUGAGGGACGAGUCCAAGCCUCCGUAUUCGUACGCGCAGCUCAUCGUCCAGGCCAUUUCCUCGGCCCCCGACAAGCAGCUGACCCUCAGUGGCAUCUACAGCCACAUCACCAAACACUACCCGUAUUACCGCACGGCCGACAAGGGCUGGCAGAACUCCAUCAGACACAACCUGUCUCUCAACCGCUACUUCCUGAAGGUGGCGCGCUCUCAGGACGAGCCGGGCAAAGGGAGCUUCUGGCGCGUGGACUCGGCCUCGGAGAGCAAGCUGGUGGAGCAGGCCUUCAGGAAGCGGCGGCAGCGGGGCGUGGCCUGCUUCAGGACGCCCUUCGGGCCGCUGUCGUCCAGGAGCGCGCCGGCCUCCCCGACCCACCAGGGGCUGCUGUCCCCGCCCGAGUGUCUGAGCAGGGAGGGCUCUCCCGUCCCCCACGACCACCGCGAGCUGCCCGCCGUGCCCGAGUACCGCUACUCUCAGAGCGCCCCAGGCUCGCCGGUCAGCGCGGCGCCCGUCAUCGUGGCCGCCCCGCCCCACCCCCCCGGCCUGGGCAAGGCACUGGCUCUGGUCCCGGGCGGCGGCCCGGUCCAGCCGCUGCACCUGCUGCAUGGCCAGCCUCAGUCCUCCGUCACCAUGCUGCGGGUGGUGACUGGCUCCGCCCCCAAUGGCUACAGCGCCCCCCCUGCUGCGGGGCUGGAGGGUGAGCGAGCAGGGCGCCCUCCGCUGGACCCCCCGGGGCUGCACCAGCUGCCUGUCCGAGCCGUCGCUCAGAACGGCAAACAUGGCGUCGCCGUAGCGACCAGCUUCGCCUCAGGACUCCACAGUCCUCUGCAGAUCCUGGCAGCGCAGGCCUCCAGCUCGGCCCCGGUGCUGGUCACCCGGGCCCCGGGGACGGUGGCCCAGCAGCAGGGGGAGCCCUCGGCCAAGCGCUCCAGGAUGGGAGAGGAGGCGGCGGCGGCGGCACAGCAGCCCGUCAUCGUGGCCGUGGCGUCACAGGGUCAGGACCUGCGCAAGUGACGCCACCGGUGGCGCUGGAGCUUUGGGCCGAGCCUCACGGAACUGUUUUCACUUGGGAAGCCGCUGACACUACAGACCACCAGGGGGCGACAGAGACGAGCCUCCGCGGUUCCACACCCACGUGAGCACAGACCACAGCGUCUGGGACGGUGGUCGCACCCGCGGUGUUCCACUAGAGGGCGCACCUGCGAGCCCUGCUUCUGUUACUGCCCCCUGCUGGUUGACUUGGCUCCUCCACGUGGAUCCCUCACUGAAGAUGGAAGAGCGACCCCUGACCCCACCGGUGAUCGAUGAAUGUAUUUGUAACAAUAUUUUUGGUGAUUUUCUGGACAAAGACGAUUUUGCUACGUGUCACCUGCAGCCAGGACUCCAGCUUCAUUAAAUCCUCCUCGACCUUUGACCCUGCUCUGUCUGUGUGUGUCUGGGCUUGUGGGGACCUGUUCUUGACAAAACGCUGUCCUCCUUGUGUCUCGCCGGUGUGUGAGGAUGAAGUGGGUUCCGGAGUCCUGGUCCAGAGUCCUGGCUCAGGCGGAGAGGCCGGGGAAAGGGUGAUGUCCAGCAGGAACCUCCCCGUGUCCCCACAGGGACAGCAGUACAAACAUGGGUGUGCGUGUCUGGCGGUGCGUUCAGGUGCCGCUCAUCUCCCUGAGACACUUUUUGCUCUGUGUCUCUCGCUGUUGUCAUGUGACCCGAGAAGGUCACCUGACCUGCCGAGUCACAUGACUCGCCCGGUGCCGCCGGACGGAUGGUGAACCUCAGAAACACGAGCCGUCGCUUCAGAGCUUUAUUACUGGGAGCCGCGGCGCCGCCGUCAGCAGGACGAGGCACUGAUCUUGUCCGACACCUCCGGGUCCGACUUGGCCACGAGGAAGCGGAGCCGACCUCCUCCCAGACGGAUCAGGUCCACGGCGCUGGAGGGACAGAGACAGCGGGAGUCAGAGCCGCACUCCGGGCCCCUCAGGAGCCAGCCCACCUCUGGUAGUCCGCCCCGAUCAGGCUGGUUCCGUUCACCGCCAGGAUCCGGUCCCCGAUCCGAAGCCGUCCGUCGCAGGCGGCCGGGCCUUCGGGGAUCAGAGUCCGGAUGUAGAUCCCAGGCGCGUUGAGGGGCGUGUGCUGCAGG